GAAGCAGGGGGGUCACCGCAAGCUCAUGGCUGUCCUGGGCUACCUAGUGAGUUCAAGGCCAGCCUAAACUAUCGAGUGAGGCCCUAUCUCAAAUAAGUCAGUUCUCAGAAGGUGAUAGUUUAUUGUUGCUAAGUAGGAUGAUACAACCUCAUGUGCAAUUAUGUGACUUGUAGUUAGUAACUCAAAAUGUGCAAUAAAAAAUCAAAACAUCAUUCAGAACUUGUCCAUUGCCAAGUGAGAAGAAAUGGCAGGUGCUAUUUUAGUGUCAAAUCUGUAGCUAAAAUUAGAGUCGAAACUAUAAAUCUGAGCACUGUAGUCGAUAGAGGAGUGCAUGAAGCAGGUGCCGAUCUGGCUCGUAACUACUGCGUGGUCCUUGGUGAGGCGGCAUGUCCCUUGGUGUCCCCUGGAGGUGCAGCCAUGGUCCAGACUUAGAGGACAGCACCUGGGUCCCUGCCUCAGUACUCUCCACUCUGUGCUGACUCAGGAGUCAUCACUUAGAUUCACAAAGAUCCAUUGGCCUGCUGCGAAAGAACGAGUGGAAUUAUGUAAAUUAGCUGGGAAAGACGCCAAUAUGGAAUGUGCGAAUUUCAUCAGGGUGCUUCAGCCCUACAACAGGACGCACCUCUACGUGUGCGGAACGGGAGCCUUUCACCCCACGUGUGGCUACAUUGACCUGGGGCUCCACAAGGAGGAAGUCACGUUCAAACUGGACACACACAACCUGGAGUCCGGCAGACUGAAGUGUCCUUUUGACCCUCAGCAGGCUUUUGCUUCUGUGAUGACAGAUGAAUACCUGUACUCGGGAACGGCGUCCGACUUCCUGGGCAAAGACACCGCAUUCACGCGGUCCCUGGGGCCCACGCAUGACCACGACCACCACUACAUCAGAACUGACAUUUCCGAACACUACUGGCUCAACGGAGCAAAAUUUAUUGGAACUUUCCCCAUACCUGACACCUACAACCCAGAUGAUGACAAAAUAUAUUUCUUCUUCCGUGAAUUGUCCCAAGAAGGCAGCACUUCUGACAAGACCAUCCUUUCUAGAGUCGGAAGAGUUUGUAAGAACGACGGCGGCGGGCAGCGCAGCCUCAUCAACAAGUGGACCACCUUCCUGAAGGCCAGGCUGACCUGCUCGAUUCCCGGCAGCGAGGGCGCCGACACGCACUUCGACGAGCUGCAAGAUAUUUAUUUGCUCCCUACAAGAGAUGAAAGAAAUCCUGUAGUAUAUGGAGUCUUCACUACUACCAGCUCGGUGUUCAAGGGCUCCGCCGUAUGCGUGUACAGCAUGGCCGACAUCCGGGCUGUCUUCAACGGGCCCUACGCCCACAAGGAGAGCGCAGAGCACCGCUGGGUGCAGUACGACGGGCGGAUCCCCUACCCCCGGCCCGGCACGUGCCCCAGCAAGACCUACGACCCGCUCAUCAAGUCCACCAGGGACUUCCCGGACGACGUCAUCAGCUUCAUCCGGCGACACCCGCUCAUGUACAAGGCCGUGUAUCCGGCCGCGGGGCGCCCGACCUUCAAGCGGAUCAACGUGGACUACAGGCUCACGCAGAUCGUGGUGGACCACGUGGCGGCCGAGGACGGCCAGUACGACGUCAUGUUCCUCGGCACAGAUGUUGGAACAGUGCUCAAGGUGGUCAGCAUCUCCAAGGAGCAGUGGGGCAUGGAGGAGGUGGUGCUGGAGGAGCUGCAGGUGUUCAAGCACUCAUCAAUCAUCUUGACCAUGGAGCUGUCUCUAAAACAGCAACAGUUGUACGUGGGCUCCCGAGAUGGGCUGGUGCAGCUCUCCCUGCACAGGUGCGACACGUACGGGAAAGCGUGUGCGGACUGCUGCCUAGCCAGAGACCCCUACUGCGCCUGGGACGGAAGCGCGUGCUCCCGGUACGCACCCACCUCCAAGAGGCGAGCCCGGCGCCAAGAUGUGAAGUACGGCGACCCGCUCACCCAGUGCUGGGACGCGGAGGACGGCAUUAGUCAUGAAACUGCUGAUGAAAAGGUGAUUUUUGGCAUUGAGUUUAAUUCCACCUUCCUGGAAUGUGUCCCAAAGUCCCAGCAAGCGUCCAUGAAAUGGUUCGUCCAGCGCACAGGAGAGGAACGCUGUGAGCUCAAGCCGGAUGAGCGGGUCAUCAAGACGGAGUUCGGGCUCCUGAUCCGCAGCCUGCAGAGGCGGGACUCGGGUGUGUACUUCUGCCAGGCCCAGGAGCACAGCUUCGUGCACACGGUGGCGCGGCUCACCCUGAAUGUCAUCGAGAGCCAGCAGAUGGAAAGCAGCCGGCGGGCGGAGCGCGAGGAAGGCGCAACCAAGGACCUGCUGGCCGAGUCCCGGCUGCGCUACAAGGACUACAUCCAGAUCCUCAGCAGCCCGAGCUUCAGCCUGGACCAGUACUGCGAGCAGAUGUGGCACCGCGAGAAGCGGAGGCAGCGGCCCAAGGGCGGCCCCAAGUGGAAGCACAUGCAGGAGCUGAAGAAGAAGCGCAACCGCAGACACCCCCGGGACCCGCGCGCCGUGCUGGGGGCGGUGGCCACGUAGCGCGGCAGCUCGCGAGAGCGGGCACCGCUGCUGCAGAAGCGCUGCCUUCUGCGCGGGGCGACCUCGCCCUCCCUCGAACUGCUUCCCUGGCUUUAGGACUCGUGCGUGUGCCCGGAGGGUGAGGGGCUCACCGGGACUGCUGCCCUGGGGGACAUUUGUGCCUGCAGAGCACGAGCGGUACCCUCAGAACAGGGCUUGGCAUUUGUAAAUGUUUCCUCUUUGGGGCUUUUGAGUUCAUGGCGCCAUGUGCAGAAUCAAGCUUUGACACGGGAUGAGAUGCGUUCUCCCCUGCGAGUCAUCUCACGUGGCGCGCUCCUGGCACCAGACAAGUGACUCACCCUGGAACCGCUGUCUUGGGCAGGCACAGCCUUUCGUAUUAUUAACAGGAACUGUCCCCGGGAGUGGCGCUUGGAGCGCGGCGUGGGAACGUGAGAGCUCCCGCCCUUCCUCCGAGAGCCAGGGCUCCAUUUCACUCGCCGCAAUGCUGAUUUAGGAAAGGACGGUAGCGCUGCUCCCAGGAUUCCUCACUGUUUGUAAGGAGAAGCAGGUUCACACGCAGAAACCUGGGCUCAGAGGUGGGUUUCCGGAAUUAUGCUGAGCUGUACAGGAACUGAAUGUUUGAUGCAUAUUUUAAUAAGAUGGGAAAAUAUUUUAAUGAAAUAAGGGAAGUAACUUCAUGUGCGCUGCUUCCUAAUGGGAUGACAUGCAGAUGGGAUUUGUUAGGAGACAGAAGCAAGACAGCCAUAAAUUCUGGCUUUGGGGAAAUCUCAGAUCCCCACGCAAAGCAAGAACAGUCACAAAUAAAGUGGACGAGAUGAAAUGGGGCUCUUCUCAUAGGACCAUAGGUAGCUGCCAAUUUGCAAUUCAUCUGUUAAAGAAAUCUAUAUUAUGACAAACUGCUAGUAAAAGUCUGAAGAAAAGUAGAAAAUGUAAGGACCACGGGAAGAGCGAGCAUAUUCUAUUCUGAGCAGCAGUCUCCAUGUGGGCUUUCUCCUCUGUAGGGUUUGCAUCUGCUUCCUUUGCUAUCCCAAGUAUACUGGGUGACAGGGCUAUAUCUGAGUGAAUGAGAGGAAGCCACCUCUACUAGGUAGAGAGUUUGGAAGACCAAUGUGGGGGCUGGGCUGGACACUGUGAAUGACAGAGCAAGCGCAGGACUUGACAGCAGGAAGGGUUAGGGUCACUCUUCGUUUUCACCAUGCCGCCUUCUUGAAUUGCUGAGGUGAUUGGCUGUCACUAGGGUGGUGUCACUUCAGCAACUUAACACUGAGUCAAGCUGCCAGGUGGGUUGAGAGCACGUCCCGCUUUCGCACAGCGCCUUUUCUCUCUGUAGCACAUUCGAGUGACUGCAGCUCACCGUCCCUGGGAACUUGCAGAGCAGUCGUGGUCUGUCUGCGAAGGCUUGUCCCGUCCAGCCCUGAGCCCUUAGCCUUCUGCUGCUCUGCCCGUUCACGCCCUGUUGAGUGCGGCGUUCACAGUCAGUCAUCUCCUCUAGGAAAGCGGGAAGGCUCUGCAGAAAACAAAGCAACACGCAGCAGAGUUCUCAUUUUCUCCCAGUCGUGGAAACAUCUGUGCAAACCGGGGUGGACCCGCUACUGCCCUGGACAGUCUGUGCCCACGGUGGCAUCUGUGCCCGAUUCAUUUUCCUUGCUCUUUGCCUGUUUCAGAGCCGUCACCCUGGCACGUGAGGCCCAGCACCCUCGCUUUGCUAUCACACUCAUGCAGGUAGGCAGACAGUUCCCUCUAAGGAGGAGUUAUGUAAGAAGUUUAAAAACAGCAAGCUAGAAGAAAGCCUCCAAAGCAAGGUGUGUGAAGAGAGGCGGCGAGGGCAGCUACUGCCUGACGCUUUCUGCAGGUGCGCAUCUGCAGCACUGCACUUGGGCAGGUAGAAUGCAGCAGGAAGGCGAGCAGAGUCUGGCUAGGGGGGCUGGGCUGGACGCGUGUAAGGUUUCCACAGGCAGAGAAAGUCGUACAGGAAGCUUAACUUUCAGUAAUGACCUGUGGAGACACAGCUAAUUCAAGUGUAAAUGUCCUCACCAAUUUAAAAUUACUUCUCCCUAAGCUUAGCUAUCAGACAGCGUCUUGGGGAGCUUUUUAUUGCCAUAGAGAAAAAUCUGCUUUGGGUAUAAAGCUAUUAAUUUAUGUUAAUUACUUAAAAUACAGUGGAAAUAUUAGUAUAAUACAAUUUCAUAAUCAAAUAGGGAUAAAUAUUUAUAUAUAUUUUAAAGAUAGAGUAUCUGAACUACAUUUAAUUUUUUAACCUUCUGGUUGUUCAGAACACCUAGAGCAACUGUGUGGUUUUGUUCAAUCUAUAGAAAUAAUAAAUAGUUUCUCAUCACUGAAUUUGCCAAAUCUGUGCGGAAUUGACACAAAAGCAAGCUCCAGGUAAUACAGUGGCUGCAGUACUCUAACAGAUCAGCACUCUGCGAAUAGGCUUUUCAGACGCCUGGGAGCUGGAGCUCCAUCGUCCGUGCAGGUUCUUUUCUGCCUGUGUGCUCCCCACGGGGCAUUCCAGUGGCUCAGAGUGCUAAGUGGAAUCCUGGCUGUCCACAUUCAUUUUCAUCCAGCAUGCUGGGAAUUUUGAGUUUCUUUGGUCCUGGCUAGCUUAAAUAAUUAAAUUAUGCAAAAGUGUUUCUUUCCUAAAAUGCUCAAAACAUUGCAUUCACAUGAUUGAACAAAAAUUUCAAAAAAUCAAUCAAAUUUAAAAGAUGUAAAACAAUGCUGGCCCUGCCCCCAGGGUCACAC